AUGGGGGAUGCCGCGGCGGGGGGGGAGUUGAGAGAGGAAGGGGAGGAAGAGGAGGAGAAGGAAGAGGAGGAGGGAGAGGAGGGGGAGGGGGGAGAGGAGGAGGAGGGGGGGAAGGAGGGGGUGGAGGAAGAGGAGGAACGUCCAGUUCAGACGGACAUGAGAGGAGGGGGGGGCCUACCCUCUAGUAAUGACAUGCAGGAGGUGGAAGGCAUGCUGGAGAAAUGGCAGAGGGAGAAGCCGGUGUUUGAUGGCAAGUACCAUAGCAUUCGCUCGGUGAUCUACAGGCUAAGGAAGUCGCUGGAUAGGCGGCAGCACAGUGAGAGGCAGCGGCAGAGGAUGGAGGAAGGGCAGCUGCUGCAUGCUGAGUUCUUUCCCUCAGGUCAGCAUCCGUCCAGCAUGCAAGCUGUGGAUGGUCCGGGCGAGCUCAGCUUGGAUGGCCGCCCAAGGCAUGACAACGACCAUCUUGAGAUUUCAGCUAUCUCAGUGGCUCCAACGAUGGAGGAGGUGCUGUGCAAGGCGUCGCCCUACCUGCCGCACAACCACCCCAGCGAGCCGCACCACCUGCCAGCGGGCUCCGUGGCCCGCCACGUGGACAUCCAAUUCCGCCUGCUCCGCCACGACCUGAUUGCCCCUCUCUGGAGCAAGGCGCUCUUCCUCUUCCACCGUCUCAACCACGAAUCCUCCCGGGGCGCUCGUGGCAGGAACAGCAGUGGCAGUGGUGGUGGUGGAAGGGAGGAUGCGAUGGGGCUGUUGAGGGCGGACAGUGAGUUGGUGCGGGGUCUGACGGAUGACAUGAAGGGCGUGGUGGGGUUUUCCUCGGAGGACAUGGACGUGUAUUUGCUGCGCGAUGUGCACGUGCUGUCCAUCAACACGGACAAGAGGAGCGGGGUUUACUUUCUCAUCGACUUCCUUGAGCCUCCCAUGCCGCGGGGCCGGAAUGCCCGUAACAGGGUGGAGUUUUGGGACAACACGCGGAGGCUGCAGAACGGCUCGCUGGCCGCAGAUUGGAUUCAGCCGUGUGGAGAGAACGGGUUCAGUGCGGAUUUGCUGGGGCUGAUUGCUCAGGAUGGCAGUGGGGGCAGAGGCGGGAGUAAGGGCGUACAGGUGGUGAUGUUGGAGGCGCAUGGGAGUUUUUUUGCGUAUGAGCCGAUUCUGAAGGCGCUGCAGAGCAUCACUGACGCGUCGCUGCCCUUCUCUGAGUACAUCUGUGGGGCAGCUGGCGGAUCACCUGGUGGGGCACCUGGAGGGGCACCUGGGAGGGCACCUGGAGCGUACAAGCUGCCUGCGUACAUCAAAGGGGGCAUGACGUACGACUUAAGCCUGCUGCUCAAGACCAAAGUGCCCUCAUCCUCCUCCCAGCAGCCACAGAACACCGCAGAAGACGAGUUUGCCAUGAGGAACGUGAUGAUUUCCAGCCCCACGGCCUUUCCCAUGGAUGCGCUCCUGCGCUGCACGUCGCUGGACGAACCUCAAUCCGUGGCUCUGCGAGCUGCCCUCACUCAGGAGUUCGCUCUGCUGCAAGGGCCCCCGGGAACUGGCAAGACGUUCGUGGGGAUCAAACUUGUAGAGAUUCUGCUGAGCAAUCCACUCAAGAGCAGCUCGGCAGGUCAUUUUGCUCGAGGCAGGGAGCUGGCGAGUUCCGCAGGGCCCAUCCUGUGCGUGUGCUUCACCAACCACGCUCUGGAUCAGUUCCUGGAAGGCCUCAUUGCCAGCGGCAUCAAGAACUUCCUGGAAGGCCUCAUCGCCAGCGGCAUCAAGAACUUCCUGGAAGGCCUCAUCGCCAGCGGCAUCAAGAACUUCCUGGAAGGCCUCAUCGCCAGCGGCAUCAAGAACUUCCUGGAAGGCCUCAUCGCCAGCGGCAUCAAGAACUUCCUGGAAGGCCUCAUCGCCAGCGGCAUCAAGAACUUCCUGGAAGGCCUCAUCGCCAGCGGCAUCAAGAACUUCCUGGAAGGCCUCAUCGCCAGCGGCAUCAAGAACUUCCUGGAAGGCCUCAUCGCCAGCGGCAUCAAGAACUUCCUGGAAGGCCUCAUCGCCAGCGGCAUCAAGAACUUCCUGGAAGGCCUCAUCGCCAGCGGCAUCAAGAACUUCCUGGAAGGCCUCAUCGCCAGCGGCAUCAAGAACUUCCUGGAAGGCCUCAUCGCCAGCGGCAUCAAGAACUUCCUGGAAGGCCUCAUCGCCAGCGGCAUCAAGAACUUCCUGGAAGGCCUCAUCGCCAGCGGCAUCAAGAACUUCCUGGAAGGCCUCAUCGCCAGCGGCAUCAAGAACUUCCUGGAAGGCCUCAUCGCCAGCGGCAUCAAGAACUUCCUGGAAGGCCUCAUCGCCAGCGGCAUCAAGAACUUCCUGGAAGGCCUCAUCGCCAGCGGCAUCAAGAACUUCCUGGAAGGCCUCAUCGCCAGCGGCAUCAAGAACUUCCUGGAAGGCCUCAUCGCCAGCGGCAUCAAGAACUUCCUGGAAGGCCUCAUCGCCAGCGGCAUCAAGAACUUCCUGGAAGGCCUCAUCGCCAGCGGCAUCAAGAACUUCCUGGAAGGCCUCAUCGCCAGCGGCAUCAAGAACUUCCUGGAAGGCCUCAUCGCCAGCGGCAUCAAGAACUUCCUGGAAGGCCUCAUCGCCAGCGGCAUCAAGAACUUCCUGGAAGGCCUCAUCGCCAGCGGCAUCAAGAACUUCCUGGAAGGCCUCAUCGCCAGCGGCAUCAAGAACUUCCUGGAAGGCCUCAUCGCCAGCGGCAUCAAGAACUUCCUGGAAGGCCUCAUCGCCAGCGGCAUCAAGAACUUCCUGGAAGGCCUCAUCGCCAGCGGCAUCAAGAACUUCCUGGAAGGCCUCAUCGCCAGCGGCAUCAAGAACUUCCUGGAAGGCCUCAUCGCCAGCGGCAUCAAGAACUUCCUGGAAGGCCUCAUCGCCAGCGGCAUCAAGAACUUCCUGGAAGGCCUCAUCGCCAGCGGCAUCAAGAACUUCCUGGAAGGCCUCAUCGCCAGCGGCAUCAAGAACUUCCUGGAAGGCCUCAUCGCCAGCGGCAUCAAGAACUUCCUGGAAGGCCUCAUCGCCAGCGGCAUCAAGAACUUCCUGGAAGGCCUCAUCGCCAGCGGCAUCAAGAACUUCCUGGAAGGCCUCAUCGCCAGCGGCAUCAAGAACUUCCUGGAAGGCCUCAUCGCCAGCGGCAUCAAGAACUUCCUGGAAGGCCUCAUCGCCAGCGGCAUCAAGAACUUCCUGGAAGGCCUCAUCGCCAGCGGCAUCAAGAACUUCCUGGAAGGCCUCAUCGCCAGCGGCAUCAAGAACUUCCUGGAAGGCCUCAUCGCCAGCGGCAUCAAGAACUUCCUGGAAGGCCUCAUCGCCAGCGGCAUCAAGAACUUCCUGGAAGGCCUCAUCGCCAGCGGCAUCAAGAACUUCCUGGAAGGCCUCAUCGCCAGCGGCAUCAAGAACUUCCUGGAAGGCCUCAUCGCCAGCGGCAUCAAGAACUUCCUGGAAGGCCUCAUCGCCAGCGGCAUCAAGAACUUCCUGGAAGGCCUCAUCGCCAGCGGCAUCAAGAACUUCCUGGAAGGCCUCAUCGCCAGCGGCAUCAAGAACUUCCUGGAAGGCCUCAUCGCCAGCGGCAUCAAGAACUUCCUGGAAGGCCUCAUCGCCAGCGGCAUCAAGAACUUCCUGGAAGGCCUCAUCGCCAGCGGCAUCAAGAACUUCCUGGAAGGCCUCAUCGCCAGCGGCAUCAAGAACUUCCUGGAAGGCCUCAUCGCCAGCGGCAUCAAGAACUUCCUGGAAGGCCUCAUCGCCAGCGGCAUCAAGAACUUCCUGGAAGGCCUCAUCGCCAGCGGCAUCAAGAACUUCCUGGAAGGCCUCAUCGCCAGCGGCAUCAAGAACUUCCUGGAAGGCCUCAUCGCCAGCGGCAUCAAGAACUUCCUGGAAGGCCUCAUCGCCAGCGGCAUCAAGAACUUCCUGGAAGGCCUCAUCGCCAGCGGCAUCAAGAACUUCCUGGAAGGCCUCAUCGCCAGCGGCAUCAAGAACUUCCUGGAAGGCCUCAUCGCCAGCGGCAUCAAGAACUUCCUGGAAGGCCUCAUCGCCAGCGGCAUCAAGAACUUCCUGGAAGGCCUCAUCGCCAGCGGCAUCAAGAACUUCCUGGAAGGCCUCAUCGCCAGCGGCAUCAAGAACUUCCUGGAAGGCCUCAUCGCCAGCGGCAUCAAGAACUUCCUGGAAGGCCUCAUCGCCAGCGGCAUCAAGAACUUCCUGGAAGGCCUCAUCGCCAGCGGCAUCAAGAACUUCCUGGAAGGCCUCAUCGCCAGCGGCAUCAAGAACUUCCUGGAAGGCCUCAUCGCCAGCGGCAUCAAGAACUUCCUGGAAGGCCUCAUCGCCAGCGGCAUCAAGAACUUCCUGGAAGGCCUCAUCGCCAGCGGCAUCAAGAACUUCCUGGAAGGCCUCAUCGCCAGCGGCAUCAAGAACUUCCUGGAAGGCCUCAUCGCCAGCGGCAUCAAGAACUUCCUGGAAGGCCUCAUCGCCAGCGGCAUCAAGAACUUCCUGGAAGGCCUCAUCGCCAGCGGCAUCAAGAACUUCCUGGAAGGCCUCAUCGCCAGCGGCAUCAAGAACUUCCUGGAAGGCCUCAUCGCCAGCGGCAUCAAGAACUUCCUGGAAGGCCUCAUCGCCAGCGGCAUCAAGAACUUCCUGGAAGGCCUCAUCGCCAGCGGCAUCAAGAACUUCCUGGAAGGCCUCAUCGCCAGCGGCAUCAAGAACUUCCUGGAAGGCCUCAUCGCCAGCGGCAUCAAGAACUUCCUGGAAGGCCUCAUCGCCAGCGGCAUCAAGAACUUCCUGGAAGGCCUCAUCGCCAGCGGCAUCAAGAACUUCCUGGAAGGCCUCAUCGCCAGCGGCAUCAAGAACUUCCUGGAAGGCCUCAUCGCCAGCGGCAUCAAGAAGAAGCAGUCGAGCUACGAGGUGGGAAGCAAGCUAAGGGAGGUGGAGGAGGUGAUAGGCACGUACAGUGACGCCCUGCAGCAGCGCAGCGACAACGUGGCGGCUGUGGCGUGGGGUACUAUCGCCUCCCACCUCAUGGCCAAUCAUCCCGUCUACUUCCAAGCCCUCCGUACUGUCAGCAAGGCAGAUGCUGAUGGUUAUGAGCAAGUGGGGCGAGACAACUGGAAGCGGUGGAAGCAAGGUCUUCCCAAGGAAACCCUUCGCCGCAAGAAGGGUGCUGCUGAUUCCUGGGGGGAUCAGGCUCAUGUAUCAGGCAGGGGGAAGGGAGGAGGAGGAGGAGGGGGUGGAAGGGCGGGAAUGCCCUCGCAGGGAGGGGGAGGGGGAGUAGGGGGAGUGGGGAUAGCAGCGUCUGGACAACAGGCGGGCACACAGAACGCAUUUGAUGCCCUGGGAUUUCUUGGUGAGCUGGAGGUUGGGGAUGGGUGGGCGGGUGCAAGCAGUGCGAGGGACGGCGGAGUGAGUGAGGAGCUGAGCGAAAUGGUGGGCAUGAUGGCUACUUUCUAUGAGGAGGAUGGCAGUGGUGGUGGGGAUGGAGUGGCAGGCACUGGCCUUGACAACUCGUGGCUAGGCCUUGUGCCGUCAGGGAGAGCGAGAGGAGCAGGAGGAACAGGCGGGGCAGGAGGGGCAGGAGGGGCAGGAGGGUUCCCCAUGGAGCAGGAUCUCUCACACGCGUUCGGUGACUUGAGCAUUUACAACAACGGCAGACAAGGCCAAGGCACAAAUCAACCUGACGGAGACACUGGCAGCAGGGGAAGCCAAGGCAGCAAGGGGAUUUUUGAGUCGACUCAAAAAAUCCAAGGCAGCAAGGGGAAGAAAGGCGACAGGCAGGAGCACAGGAGCAUGGGAGGGGAGGCAGAGGUGGUGGAGGAGGAGGAGGUGUGGACGGGACCGGAGGUGGAUGAGAGAAGUGACCGCGGGGUAGAGGAGCUGUUGGGGUUGGAGGACCCGUGGGCAGCGAGUGGGCGGGAGAGGAGGAAGCUGGUGGCGUUCUGGGUGGGGGAGCUGCGCGCCACUGCCACUGCUGCCAUCGAGGCCGAGUGCUGGGUGGGGGAGCUGCGCGCCACUGCCACUGCUGCCAUCGAGGCCGAGGUGGUGAAUUACUCCAGGAAGGUGAGGGAGCGCAGUGAGCUGCAGCAAGUGGAGGACCUGCAGGUGCUGAGGAGGGCGCAGGUGGUGGGCAUGACCACGUCUGGGGUGGCCAAGAUGCAGCGCCUCAUCACGGCACUCGGCCCGCGCGUCAUCAUCGUGGAGGAGGCUGCUGAGGUGCUGGAGGCUCAUAUUCUGACCUCGCUCACCCCGCAGACCCAGCACGUUAUUCUCAUAGGCGAUCAUCUGCAGCUGCGGCCCAAGGUUGAAGUGUACGAGCUGAGCAAGGACUCCCACAAGGGCUUCGACCUGGACGUCUCUCUCUUUGAGCGCCUCGCGCUCUCCCGGCAGAUCCCCGUCUACACGCUCGCCACGCAGCGCCGCAUGCGCCCGGAAAUCGCCGACCUCAUCCGCUACACUAUCUACCCUGACCUUAGGGACCACCCUUUCGUCCAAGGGUACCCAGACGUGAGGGGCAUGGCGGCGAAUCUCCAUUUUUGGGACCACGACUUUCCCGAGAGUGGCUUGGACGACCUGAGGGAGGGCAAGUCCAAGUCCAACGCGGGCGAGGCAGCCAUGGUGGUCGCGCUCGCAACCUACCUGCUGCAGCAGGGGUACACGGGAGGAGAGAUCACCAUCCUCACGCCCUAUGUCGGGCAGCUGCUGAAGCUGCGCCAGGCGCUUUCUCAGGUGGUGAACGUGCGACUGGGGGAGGGGGAUGAUGAGGAGGUGGAGAAGGCAGAGGAGAAGGCGGGUACUAGGGAAGGUGGAGCUGCGGGGGAGGAGGCUGGGGGUGGGGCGGCGGUAGGGAAGGGGAAGGGGUUGGGUCUGGAGUUUGCUGCGCCGAAGGCAGUCACGGCGAAUCUGAAGGAUGCGGUUCGGCUGGCCACUGUUGACAACUUCCAGGGCGAGGAGAGCACGGUGAUCAUCAUCUCCCUCGUGCGGAACAACGUGGAUGGCAAGAUCGGGUUCCUCAAGAGCCCCAACCGCACCAACGUGCUGCUGUCCCGCGCCAAGCACGGCAUGUACAUCGUUGGCAAUGCCAGCACCAUGAGGGCAUCUGCAUCUAAAUCCGUGCUCUGGCCUCGGAUCAUGGACAUGCUGCAGAGCAAGGGGCGCGUGCAGAAGUUCAUCCCGCUGCGCUGUGUGAACCACCCGGACACGGUCACGCACAUUGAGAGAGCGGGGGAGUUCAAGGAGAAGGCCAGCGAGGGCGGAUGCUCCCAGAUGUGCGGCUUCCGGCUCACUCCCUGCGGCCAUACCUGCCCCCGCAGGUGCCAUGGUGACGACAGGGCACACGCCAAUGCAUUCUGCCCCAAGGAGUGCAACCGCAUCCGUCCUUUGGACGAGUGUCCGCACCAGCACACGUGCCCCAAGCAGUGUGGCGAGGACUGUGGGCCCUGCCUCGUCACCAUCCGGGCACUCACGCUUCCCUGCGGCCAUCAGGCCUUCAACGUCCCCUGCUUCAAGGCUCAGAAUCCCACUUCUAUCUUCUGCUCGACGAUGGUAGAGGUCACGAUGCCACUGUGCGGCCACAAGCAGACAGUCAAGUGUGGCGAGGCCGCCAUCAGAGUAGCCAACCCCAAGCACUGCACUGCUCGCUGCGGUGUUUUCCUCUCAGACUCAUGCGGGCACACAUGCAUCUCCCCCUGCGGCCACUGCAUCGUUGCUCCACCUACUACCACCAACCAGGGGCGGGGCUUGCAGCAGCCGCCGAAUCAGCAGCAGCAGCAGCCGCAGCAGCAGCAGCAGCAGCAGCAGCUGGAGAAAACCCACAAGAAGUGCACACAGCCAUGCAAGCGGCCCCACCCCUGUGCGCACCUCUGCCCGGACCCCUGCCACAGCGGCACGCCCUGCAAGCCCUGCACCAGAAAGUGCCUCGUGGCCUGCCAGCACAGCUCCUGCCCCCAGCCCUGCCACCGAACCUGCGCGCCCUGCGCCGAGCCUUGCGGGUGGCACUGCAAGCACCAGGGCCGGUGCUCCCUCCCCUGCGGCGCCCCCUGCGACCGCCUCCCGUGCGAGCAGCGGUGCGAGAAAAAACUCAAAUGCGGCCACCAGUGCCCGUCCCUCUGCUCGGAAAAAUGCCCUCCGAAGGGGUUCUGCACGGUUGAAGGGUGUGGGGAGGAGGAGAAGAGGGAGAUGACAGUGGAUCUAGUCACUCUGGAGACGCUAGGGGAGAUCGAUCCAGAUGAAAGCCCUGUGCUGGUGCUGCCAUGCGGUCAUGCUUACACUGUGGAGACCCUAGACGGUCACCUGGGGCUGAAUCAGGUUUACCAAGAAGCAGAAGAGGAAGAAGACGGGUCUGCUGGUGGUGGUGGCAGCAAUGCUGCUGGAGUGGGGGCUGGAGGCGGGGUGGCAGGAUCUGCAGGCGGGGUGGGAGGAUCUGCAUCCAAGUGGGUGGCAGUGCGGCCGUUUGAGGAUGGCGACCUGUCCGCCCUCAAGGGCUGUCCGGAGUGCCGGCAGCCAAUCACAAGCCUCCGCCGGUACGGCAGGAUGGUGAACAAGGCGCUUCUCGACGAAUCAGAGCGCAAGUUCGCCCUCAGCUGCCUGGCAGAUCAGCAGCAGCUCCACCAGAAGCUGUCCAGGCUAAGCCAAGCCAUAUCUGCUUGCCCUGAGGCUGCUCAACCCAGGCAGUUGCAGGAGCUGGCUAAAGCUGCGACUUCACUGGUCGUGCAGGCUAGCAAGGUGCGAGUGACUGGUAUGGAACCACCCACCCAGCAGACUUACCAGGCUUCUGUUACUGCGCUGCAGAGAAAGCACCUCCAGCUGGGAGCAUCGUCAUCCUUGUCUCGAGCAGGUGCUGCAGAUUCACCUGCAGAUGCACCUGAUGAUUCUCCUGAAAAACAACCUGCAGAUUCUCCUGCAGGUUUGACAGUGCCAGCGUGGGAGGAGGAGUGCCAGCUGCUGUACGUCCCCCAGCCACAAACCGGGCCUCUUUGUGAAGCCCUCCUGCUGCUGGGGAAGGCCUAUCAGCUACUCAUGACUGCCAAUUUCCUCCAGCUGCGCUGCCUGCUGACUGAACUCCGCAAGCUGUCUCGCCAGACUGCUCAUCGAGCUGCUGGGCUGACUGCUGCUCAGGCUGCUGGUCUGGCUGCUGGGCGGAUUGAUCAGAACAGCGCGGGUAGAGAGGAGUUUCUGGCUCGGAGGUUGAAGAGUUGCCGGGAGGUUGUGCGGAAGGGGCUGCGGAACGCAGAGAAGCAUGUGGGGGAGGCGGUGGAGUGGGCUGGCAAGCGCAGGGCGCCUCGGCUGGAGGCAAGGGGGAGGCUGGAGAUGGCUGACGUGUUCCGUGCGUUCGUGGAGGGGAUGAUGGCGGAACGCCUGCUCUCAACCUCCCCGGCUGGCCUGGAUGAGUCAAAGGAGCAGCAGCUGGAGUAUCUCAAGAGGGCCAAGAUGUUGUGCCACAUGGUGGCCUCGCAUCAUCUGGUCUCAGUCAGAGAGAACGAUAGUUUGGGGGGGAGCGCUCGGAGAAUGCUCGAGAAAGACUUGCACGAUCUGGAAGCAUCUGUUCGUGACAGUCCCAGGUACUUUGAUGUGUCAGAACGUGAGAAGGCAGAUGUGUGGAAGGCCAUGGAUAUGGAAGGCGUUCACUGGUACCGGUGCCCCAAUGGGCAUGUGUAUGCAAUUGGGGAGUGUGGUGGUGCAAUGCAGGAGUCCCGGUGCCCUGAGUGUGGGGAGGUUGUGGGUGGGAGGAGCCAUAGGCUUCGUGAAGGUAACGCCCCGGCCACUGGCUUCUUUAACGGGAGGCACGCCAGUCGCACGUCGAGCACCAAAAGUGACUCAAGCAAGCGUUCCAGUAGGGGGCGCGACCACCACGAGGCGAGAGAGCCCUACGAGGAUGACUAUAGAGGGGGGGCGCAUGGGGGAAGCAGGAAAGCAGGAGGGUCGAGUGGGGGAAGAAGGUCAGGAGCAGGGAGUAUAGGCGUUCCUGUGGUUGACGAGGUGGGUGUUUACCUUAGCGGAUCAGGCAAUAGGGGGAACAGAGGCGGCCGGGGAGAGUCCGAUCUGUCGCCAACAGAUUCCUCGCCUGAACAUUCACCUGAACAUUCUCCUGAGCGGUCUCCUGUCCGAUCCUCUCACCGAUCCCCGGACCCACUGUCAGACCACUCUCCCAUCAGUUCCCCUGGCCAAUCGUCUCCUGUGCGCUCCUCUCACCAUUCCUCCAACCGGUCCCCGAACCUAACCCCGGACCAAACCCCUGAGCACUCGCCGAACCAGACGCCGGACAUGUCUCCAAGCUACAGAGGUUUGGAAGAGCAGGAAUACUCUCCUUCUGCCCAGCACCACCAGCAUCAGCAGCAGCAGCAGGCUUAUCCCUAUGCUGACCAGUUUUCCCCGUCCUCUCCCGAUGGGUUCUCUUUUAGAACAGCAGGAGCAGCAGGAGCAGGGGGGCAGGCUGGGGGAAGAGGGGGCGCAGGAGGGGGAGGAGGAGGAGAAAGGGUUGAGGGUUUCGAUGCAUCUUCAAUUCCACUGAUGGUGGCUGGGGCUGUGAUGGCAGGUCCUGGUAGGGUGGCGCUGCCUGCUGUUCGUCCCAGCAACCGCACUCCGUUGAGAACACCUGUGGAUUCACCUGAAAUUUCACCUGUGGGCUCCCCUCAAGGGUCCCUGUACCAAGCCUCGGUGUUAGGCUCGGGAGAGGAGUACCCGUAUGGUUCGGAGGCGUCCGAGCCAGGACAGCAGGAAUGGCACCAGCAGCAGCAGCAGCACCAGCAAUACCACCACCAACACUCCCACACGUCGCCAGCAGCAGGAGGAGGAAGAGCAGCAGCAGCAGCAGGAAUGGCAAUGGGUGGUUAUGGUGGUAACCCUAUUGGUGGUAACAGGCGCGCAGGUAACCCCAGAGGCGGCAGCUCUGGUGCGGCUGUAGCAGCAGCGGCUUUCCCCAAGUCCCAGUCCACCCCUGGCGGACCAAGGGACUCGGCUGUAGCGGUUACAGGCAGGAGAAGCAGGAGGGAUAGCAGUGGCGGCAGCAGUGGUGGGAGCAGGAGGGGGAGUAGGGGAGGUGGGGGGGAGAGUGGUGCGAGUGGAGGGGGGUAUGACGAGGGAUGGGUGAGAGAAACGCACAGUGAAGGGGAGGAGUUCUCAGAAGGGGAAGAGGAGGAGGAAGAGGAGGAGGAGGAAGAAGAGGAGGAGGAGGGGGAGGAGGCAGAGGAGGAAGAAGAGGAGGAAGAGGAUGAAGAGGAGGAGGAGGAAGGGGAAGGAGAAGGGGAGGAUGAUGAAGAUGUGUAUUAUGAGUCCAAGGUGUUGGGAGAUGAGCCCAUUUCAAGGCGACGAGUGGUGGAGCUGCUGGAUCAGAUGGACGCGUUCAUAGAGGAGGGGCCGCACUGCAAGCUGGACGAGUACCUGCCCGCCAUCGAUCUUCUGCUGAGUGUCAGGGCGCUGCUGCUGGAGGCCCGCGACAAGGAGACCGGGCGGCGCGCGGACGGCAUGCUCCGGCGGGCCAUGGAGGACCUGGAGUACGAGUUCAGAGACAUUCUCUCGAGGCGGAGCCAGCAAGCAUCCACUCGCUUCACUGUGGAUACUCUCUCUCGGAUCUUCCAGCGCAACUUCUACCCACCUGCCGCCACCACCACCGCCGCUGCUGCAGCUGCUGCUGCCGCAACCAGCAGCGUCAGCACCAGCAGCAGCUCCCCUGAGAGCGGCGUGACAGGGGGUACCAGCGCUAGCAGCAGCAGGAACAGCACAGGGGGAGUGGGAGGUGGGGGAGGGGGCGGAAGGGAGGGUGGUGACAGCGGGGAGGGGAUGGGGGGGUUGGAUGAGGGGGAGUUGGAGGAUGCGGAUUCGCUGCAUGUGCUGCCAGAAAUUGCCGCCCGGUGGCUGAACCAGACGGCCGCCCGGCUGGUGGCGGGAGGGGAGAGCGUGCGCUGUGUGGAGGCCUUCAGGUCGGUGCGGGUGGACAGCCUGAAAGGCGCGCUGCAGCGGCUGGAGAGCGAGAGGCCGUGGAUGGUGACGGCAGGGCAGAUCGCAGACAUGCCAUGGGCGGAGCUGGAGCCGCUCAGCAAGCAGUGGACUCAGGAUAUGUACAUUCUGGGUCGUCUGCUCCUGGGCAUGGAGAGGAGGACAGCAGCAGCCGUGUGGCGAGGCAUGCAGGUGCACGAGCGCGGGGCAUUGAGGGCAAUACUGGAGGACAGCGGCAUGGGCAAGCGCAUAGCGGAGCACGCCUUGAUCCUCCGCGCCAUUAUCGCCCGCAACCUGCCCGAGCAGCUCUUCUCGCUGCUCGAUGCUUUCCGGGCUGCCCAAGAAGUCAUGCCAGAGCUAUCCGCCACGAUCAACCUUCUCAAGAUGGAAGCGGUGUGGCCGGCCUGCCAGCACCUCCCGCUGCUCAUAGCGCGGGCCGUGGCCGACACAUUCGACCGCUUCAAAGCCCUCCUCGAGACCUCCACUAAGUCCGCCCAGGCCAUGGCUGCUGCUGCCCCGCCCCUCUCCUCCUCCUCCGCUUCCCCCUCCCCCUCUGCAUCUGGUGCUGCUGCUGCCGCUGCUGGGGAGGCAGUGGGCAGUGGAGGAGGGGAGGGCGGAGAAGGGGAGAAGAAAGCAUCACUUGCAAAGUUGUUCAGAAUGCCGUUCCUGGGUCGCACAGUGAGCACCACAUCAGCAUCACCAGCAGCAGACGAGAGCACUAAGUCAGGCCGUUCCCCAUUCUUCCCUUCUCCCUUGCUCUUCAUUCCCUUCAUCCCAUGCCUAUCUAUCCCUUUCCACCCCUUUCCAUCCCUCUCCAUUCCCCCCCACCGCAGAAUGCCGUUCCUGGGUCGCAAUGCGAGCACCACCUCGGCAUCGCCAGCAGCGGAGGAGAGCACGCAGGACGUCAUGCCCCCGGGGGGAGUAGUUGAUCCAAUCACCAGCUACGUGGCCAACUAUAUCCGCAGCUACAUGCGCCGGUGCGUGCUGCUGUGUGUGUUGUCUGUGUUUGGUUGCGUGCGUGCGUGCGUGCGUGCGUGUGUUCUUAACAUGGGGUUUUGUGACCCAUCAGAGUGCGUGGGACAGCGUAUGUUUGCUGGAAACGCAUCAGCGUGGCAUGGUGAUAGAAAACGCAUUGUAGCUGCCUGGGAGAGGAUGGGGAAAGAGCGGGGGCGGAGGGGUGGGAGGAGAGCCUUUGAGCCUCUAGCAACCCCACUCAUCCUGUGCCUUUCGCUCCCGCCGCCCCUCUCCCCUCCACCCCGCAGCGUCCCAUCCACCCACAACAGCUAUCUCGACGUGCUCGCCUCGCUCUUUCACCUGCUGGAGGAACAAGGAGCAGCGAGUGACGAGGAGGAGGAAGAGGCGGAUGGGGGAGAAGGAGAAAAGGAGGGCGGCAAAGGGAGCAAGUCGAAGGGGGAUGGGAAGGCCGCAGGCGGCGGGAAGGCGGCGGGUGGGAAGGGGGACAGCGGGAAAGAUGGUGGGAAAGACGGUGGGAAGGCGGGGGAUGGGAAGUGGAAACGGGGAGGGCAGCAGCACGCGGGGCGGAGUGCGGAGAGUGAGACGGCGCACCUGCUGAGCGCGCUGGUGGUGAAUCUGGAGGCACGUGGUGGGCUGUAUCGAGAGGAGGAGCUGCAGCACCUGUUCCUCAUGAACAACACGCACUACCUCGUGCAGUCCGCCGCUGACUGGUAUCGCUGGCAUGUCGACAGCCUCAACCACCCGCUCUCACAAGCUCGCAAGGAGGGCGCGAGGGACCUGACAGCAGCCAUGGCGGAUCUGAGGGACGGCCACAUCGUUCAACUGCACGCCACCGCCUUCCAGAGCCGCGCGCUGGCAGCGGUCAUGGCAGCACUCACAGAUGAGCCUCCCCGAGGCACACCUGACUCUGUCAAGCUCAGGCUCAACAGGUUGCGGAAAUUCAACGUGGCGUUUGAGUCAUUGGUAGCGAGGCAGCGGCGGUGGUGCAUUCCCGAUGAGGAGCUGCGGAGGAAGACCCGCGCCAAGUGGUCCACGGUGCUGCGCGAACGAUACCGCAAGAUGCUGCUGCCCUUCUGGUGA